UUUUUUUAGCUUGCCACAAUACUUUGCUGUGAUGGCGGAGAAGUCACAUGGACAGGAGAGCCCUCAGGCAGGCCCAGAGAGGAGCAAAAGAGACAUCCUGAGGGCCACCAAGGAGGCAUGGACCCCGCUGGAUGAGCAGCUACCACCGCCUUUGCAGGAAGAUUCCAAACAAGAAAGCAUUCAACAGUGGCUGGACUUUGGAUUCUUCAUCCCUGUACAUGAAAACUUGCAGCAAAUCAUCGACCACACUGUUUCUUUGCAAGAACAAGGAAUGGUCCCAGUGACUGUGAGAGACUACAUGAGGUCUCUGCAUCAUUUUUCAGAAACCCCCUCCCUGUCCAGAGGGACCAGUCUCAACUCCUGCUAUUCCGCUGCAAGUAUACCACAAAGCAUUCCUGAAUGGCUAGAGUUUUGGGAAGAAGAUCCAGUGGAGAUUCUCUUGGAUCUGGGGUUUGGUAUUGAUGAGCCAGACAUCUGCACACAGAUCCCAGCCAGGUUCCUGGGCUGUGUCUCAGCAGCCAGAGGAAUCAACAUCCGUGUUUUUCUCAAGGCACAAAAGCAGCGCAUGGAUAUCGAGAACCCAAGCCUCUACGGUCGUUUCCAACAGGUAAAACUCCUGGACCAUGUAGCCAGUGCCUUCUCAUCUUUGCUGAAUGAUGUUAACAUCCUGCCAAACAAAACUGAAGAGAAAGCUGGAGAAAAGAGUAGACAAAGAGCCUCCGCCAGUGGGGCUCAGGAGAAUCAGAAGAGAGUGGGUGAACUCUUCAGAAGAGCUUCCAAACAGAGCCUCAGAUUGGAUUGCAGUCCUGAAGCACCAAAGUCCUCGAGGAUGCAGAGCACAUCUUCCAUCACCUCUGCAAAACCAGCAGAAUGUGGAGUGAUGCUGUCAGCAUCGACAAACGACUGUGACCAGAGUCAUCUGUCUCCAUCAAUGGAGGGCAUGUCUCAACCAACCAAGGAUACUUCGCUGCCAUGUCACCCUCCCCGUGCUUUGCUGAGCAAACAGUGGCCUCACUCAUCCAAGUUGGCCAAACAGGCUCUUCAUUCCUGCAUGUCUGAUGGACCAGUGACGGACAGAACUCGAAAGGAAAACUUAUUUCAGACCUGCAAGAUGAAGAACUUGCCUGGCUAUGGAGACAGUGCACAAGACUCUUUUGAAAUGGAAGAGGUUCAGAGCUUUGAGGAAGAGGCCGGCAACUCUCUUGAUAGGACGUCAGGAACCGUUGGUGCCACAGUGAACAGAACAAACAGCUGCCAGUCUGACAGCAGCGGCUUCCUGGAGGAACCAGCAGAGCAGCCGGGCCUGCAGGUGCAUUCCUUAUCCUACAGCCACAGUACUGCCAAGAAUGACUACAGCAAACACUCAGACCAGGGCCCCAGCUGCCAGUCCGCCCAACAAGAGUCAGAUGAGUCUGACGCCAAGAGCAUGGUGAGCACAUCUUUCUCGAGUCAAGACUGGAGCUUCUUGGAAGAAAAGGCCUCAGCAUCUGUGGUGGAGAAAGACUCUCCGUGGGAGGCCACAAAGGGGCCACCAGAGCCAUCCACCCCAGACAUGGCCGCCGACACUCUGCGAGAAAGUCUAGGGACAGACACCCCAGUGCAGCCACUCUCAGCCGUGGCUCAGACGGAGGAGGUCCUUGUAGGCAUAGCGACUUCCGAGUCUGUCUGCCCUCCAGAAGUCAAGAGGACCCACACCGCAGGCGCGGGAGAGGAGCUUCUGCUGCCUGAGCACAGCCAGCACUGUGAGUCUCAAAGACACCCCGAGACCAACCAUCCUGGGGACAAGUGUCUUCACGUGGGCUCUGAGGUGCCGCCAGGAGUAGGCAGUGGACCGUUCUGCCCUGGCACCAUCAGCCUCCCCCCUACCAGAGAAGAUCCACCUCAGCCAGCAUGCAAGCUCGGUGCAGCCGCUGCACCCUCCACACCUGACCUUCGCCGCACAGCUGCCAAGUCCCUCUCCUGCCCAGACACGCCGACUGCAAGGACCCCUCCAGCGAAGCCGAUGUGUGAGGCAUCAGGUCAGACGCCACCGAGGGCAGAAGAGGAGGUGGAAAAUCUUUCUCCAAAUGCUGGCUCAGGUGUUGGCAGCUCCCAGUCUGUGACCAUCCGGACGCCCUGCAGUCUGGCCACAGACGCCCACAGGGUCAUGGCCUUGGAGACUGACUCUAGAGGAGCAGCUUGGGAAUGCACAAUCACCACAGCGGGACCAGUGCUGGGGACAAAAGCAAAGCAAGUCAAGGAUGCCUGGGUCCAGACGCAUCUGUGUGAGCCCUGGCUCUGGCACUAUGGUCCAGCUCCAAGCAGCAAGAGCUUGUCACACACAGCCCAGCCCCUCACCAAAUCUGUCUCUCUAGACACCGGCUUGUCCAGCAUCUCCUCCAUGGGCACCUCCCCAGCCACACCCGCCCACAGCUGCUUCUGCUGCCAUCACCAUCCUCACCGCCACUCAGAAAGGGCAAGUCCCCACACUGUGUCCUCAGCCUGCAGGCACUGGCCCUGCCCACAUACUCACCAUCCGGAGGAGCAGUUGAUGAAGACUUUGGGAGCUCUGCAGGCAGCUACAGUGAGGCAGCUGUGCUCUUGCACUGUCCGUGAGGUGGAAACAAUGAAGAGAGUCUGCCAGAGCUUCCGGGAGCAUCUAGAAGAAAUCGAACAGCACCUUGUGGGACAGCAGGCACUCCUGUCUGGGGACAUGUCAGAAGAGGAGAGGGAGGAGGCUGAACAGCUACAAGCUUUACGCGAGGCACUGCGGGAGCAAGUGGAAGAGCUAGAAUUUCAGCUAGGAGACCGGGCUCGACAGAUCAGAGAAGGGAUUCUGUUGCCCUUUAAGUUACUGUCUGAGGACACCCCUAAGCUCAGUGCAAAUCUGCGUCAAUAUGACUGGACGGAAGAAAAGAGAGACCUGACUUUGUGUCCCCAAACCCACACAGUCAUGACUGGCCAGGCUUCUGAGGACCAGCGGGCUCCCUGCUCAGAAGUGACCCACCCGGCUGCCAUCUCUCCACCUACCUGACAGAGCACCCCCAGGAUGUCUCUGUCAACUCACACAGUGUCCUGUCUUGCUCCUUUGACAAACUGUCCUGCUGUUGAAAAGAACACAGAUCUCUUCCUCUAGAUCUGAGUGGACUUCAUGACAUUCCUGAAAAAUAUAAGAGCACACUCUAACCAGAGCAAGAGGGUUUAGAUCUUUCCAAAGUAGAAGUAACUACCAAUUUUACUCUAUGGCUCUACCCAGGAGGAACUCAAGACUAUUUUGAUAUUAUCUCAAUAGAAUGUAUUUACUAUGUGAAUAUCAAAUAGCUACUAUGUGCUUGGCACAGGAACUGUAUAGUGAUCAAGAUGUGUGUGUGUGUGUGUGUGUGUGUGUGUGUGUGUGUGUGUGUGUGUGUACAUGAGUGUAUGUAUGUAUCAAAGUAUAAACACUUACCUUCUUGGAGCCAGGUAGAGGCACACCUUCUUAAGCUCACACACUACAGUGCACAAGGACCCAGGCUCAAGCCCCUGGUCCCCACCUGCAGGGGACAACUUUACGAGCAGUGAAGCAGGGCUGCAGGUGUCUCUCUGCCUCUCUCCUUCUCUGUCUCCUCCUCCCCUCUGAAUUUCUCUCUGUCUCUAUCCAAUAAUAAAUAAAUAAAUGCUUUUUAAAAAUAAAAAACAAUACCCUGUUGAAAAUUAUGGUUUAGUGAGGGAAAUAGAAUGUGAACACCAAAAUAUAAUGAACUUCAAGGCCUGGGAAAUAACACAGUGGAUAAGGCAUUGGACUCUCAAGCAUUCGUAGACCAGAGUGAUGUCUAAUUAUCUCUAUCUCCCCCCCACUCCCAUUAGAGAGAGAGAGAGAGAGAGAGAGAGAGAGAGAGAGAGAGAGUGUGUGUGUGUGUGUGUGUGUGUGUGUGUGUGUGUGUGUGUGUAAAUGUAUUUAUAUAUGAAACUGAGUUCUUUGAAGGAAAUAACAGGGUUUCUUCUUUUAGAGAACAGGGUAGGAAGGCUGAUUUAGCUCAUGGCAUCAGAACAACUUGGUUGAUUGAUAACAGAAGAGGGAAAAACAGCACGGCCCUCUAAGCUAUGAGAUUGUUUAACAGCCUGGAGACAGUUGAACCCCAGAAGUACAUCAGGAAGCUGCACACUUGACAAUUCUGAACAAACAAUUUCCUGUCGCCAAGAAGUUCCUUUACACAAGUUUCUUUACAGUCUCAGAAUGAUGACCUGGUGGAUGUUACUGUUAUAUCAUCCAAUUCUAUGAUCCUGCCUUCUCUUUCUCCUUAAAGUUUGGCUCUCUUCAGAUUAACAAUCUUCAUGAAGAACAGACCAUAGAGUUGAGAGCAGAAAUCAUGACACUAAAUGUUUGUACUGCUAGAAAGUCAGUGAUAGAGCAAACGUUGUAAUUAGCAAGGAGUGAUUCCACUUUCAGUGAACAAGAAGAACAAAUGAAAAUCACACUACCUGAUCAUUUACAAGUUUAGAAAUCGAAAUUUGCAAACACCUCUGCUCUUCUCCAUCAAAGCACAGGGGCUCCCUGCCUAUGUUACUUUCAUUCUAUUCAGAUGUCCCGUCAAUAGUCAAAGCCCAAAGCUUUGGCCUUUGAAUAGAGAAGAUUGUGUUGAGCUACAACGGUCGUAAACUCAGAUCACGUGGUUUCCUUGAAUUGGUUACAGAUGGGUGAAGACCCAGCAUGUGUCACAGAAACAGAUGAACCUUGAACUGCCUCACACCACAGCAUGCGUAUGAACAUGGAGGUCUGUGUAUGGAAAUUUAUUUUUUCAAGCCUACAGAAGACAGUCCCUCCGUAGUUCCUCUCUAGAUGUUGUUUA